AGUCCAUAUUAUCUGUAUAGCUCAGUGGGGUAAUCCCCCUUGACGACGGGAUAUCGAGUAUACACCGAUCACUUUCCGAACCGAAACGAGCACUUACGAUGUUUCUACGACAACUCGGCUUGUAAACAAAGACGACAAAUUAAAAAGAAUUUUUACAGUAAAUAUGGGCUUUCUUUAUAAUGUUUCUAAAAGACUUGUGCUGGUCGGAAUUGCUGUACUUAUUGGAGUGUAUUUGAAUUUUCCUGCACCGAAUAUGUCGGAUAGUUUACGACUUUGGGUUCAAAGUGGACAGUUCUUUUUACAUGGCGUGGCCGGAAAGGGGGUUAAAAUAUUCCAUAAAGGUUUAGUUUGGUUUUGUAUUGUAAACAUAUUUUGAAAAAGGUUUUGUUUAAGUUCGCAUUGUCAUUAGUGAUCCAUACAAAGUAGAUUUCAGGGAUCCAUUGAAGGUUACAAGGUUAGCACUAUUUUCCAUCCAGCAAACUGACCUGACGUCAUUUUCGCAAGAUAGAAGAGGUGUUAAAUGGCUAUGUAACAAACCCUACCCCUACUCUAACCCCUAACCUCAACCCUAACCCUAACCGAAUUACUAAAAAAAUCCAAAAAGAAACGACUUUACAAAAUCGAUAGGGUGGUUUGCUGGAUGGAAAAAAGUGCUAACCAGGUUACAAAUUAAAUGGUAUUUACUAUAUAUAUAGCAGUCAGGGUCUCCACUUCUGCAGCACACAAUUUCCCCCCAAUCUUGUACCAGAGCAAUGCCUGUGCACGGGCUAGGAUGGCAUUGGCUCUGGGGAAAUUGACAACUGGAACCCGUAAAUUUAGGGGUUCCGGUUCUUUGUCGGCAUGCACGAAUGAUAAACGUUAAACCUAUCACAGCACAGGAAAAAUUCAAUUUCCCCAGAGCCAAUGCCAUCCUAACCUGCACACAGGCAUUGCUCUGGGUACAAGAUUGAUUUUCCCCUUAUUUUGAAAAAAUUUCCAAAAAUUUUCCAUAAAAUUUAUUUAUGUAUAAAAUUUAUUUAGGGGGGGGGGGGGGGGGGGGGCACCGGCUUUUUCUAUUUUCAUACAUAAUCAUGCAGGAUGCUUAUGUACCAAAGUAGCAAAAUAUGACACAGUAUUUGGAGGGGUAUUAUCUAUCGUGGUAAGAAGGACCAGUUUCAGUGCCAGCUGGUGCAUGACCUCAGUCUUCUUGAACUUAAAUCGUAAAAUAUCUUUUAUUUGUACGAGAAACCACCCCACCCCUUAUUACCAAACUUCAUACCAACUUUGUGAGCUCUUGCAAGUACUUCAAGUUCAUCAAAUAUUUUAGAUGUGAAUGGUUAUGGUCAUAAAAGCAAAGUCUUACUACUCAUCCAUGGUUUUCCAACAAGUAGUUACGAUUGGAAUAAGGUAUACAGAAAUGCAGCCAUGUUCUUAAGUCCAGAUCAAUAAUGAGGAUUGAUUGGUAUAAUAUCAGUCAUAUCUUCGCUUGCUACUCUGGUUUUAGUAAAUAAAUGCAAAGCCCAGUCGAAUUGCACUCAUGACCCAACAUUUCAAUACUCCAGUCGUGUCUUCAUCGGGGGUUAUCUGAAGUCACAACAUGGCUUCUUAUGUACCCAUGGGAUGACAUCAUCUGCCAACAAGAUGGAUAUAUUCUUGUGUCAAUAGGCACAGUCAUGCCUAUUCAGAGCAUCAUUACUCAUAUUUAUAUGCCACGGUUCUAGGCAACGUCUUUGGCCAUGGUGAUUGUCAGUGGUAUUAAGAACUCUAGAGUUUUGCACGAGAGUUGGUAGUCAUGCAACCUUGGUUAGCGGUUCUUGAAAAUAAUUAAGACACUUCGACUUUCAGAGUGAAUGCUCUUGUUUGAAUUAGACUUUAGAUUGUUUAAUGGUAGUUCUUCGCCUGAAAGGUGACUGUAAUGAAUUAAUUUUUAAGGUGUGGGAGCCACUAAGAGAGAAAUUCGGUCGUGUGGUUACUGCUGAUAUGGCAGGUUUUGGAUUUAGUGAUAAACCUGUAAGUGAUAUCAUAAAAUAAAGAAAAUUAUAUAUCAUCGAUGAUUUAUCAAUAUUAUGUAAUCAAUGAUGUGAUCAAUACAUUCAUUACAUAAUCAAUUAUUAUCGUUAUGUUUUUUAAUUGGUUGAACCAUAAAUCAUUGCCUGGAAUUUUAGAAAGAGACCAACUAUACAAUAAAACUCCAAGCUGAUAUGUUUGAGGAUUUGUUGACUUCCCUAAACGUGAAAGAAGUGAAUAUACUGGCUCAUGACCUGGGACUCACUGUUGCGUUGGAACUGCUGGCAAGGCAAGUGAAUCUCUCAAGAAUGAAUGGAAAACGAAAACCAACAAACUUAAGAUUUUUUAUACUUUUAGUUUUAUCCUGUACACUUAAAUUACUCUAACUGAUGUUUUUUUAACUCCAAAUUGACGCAGAUACGAAGAGAGAAAGAAAAAUAAAUUAACACACGAAGGAGUAAAUAUAAUUAGCCUGUGUUUAACCAACGGAGGUAAAGAUCUUUUGACGAUUAAACUGCUAUUAACCGUUAACAACCACUGCGCCGGAAUCGCAGAGCUGCAGAUUCGAUUCCUGCCAGAGGACUAUAGUUGCAUUUUUUGCCAAAGAUCCUGGUUAGGUCUAAAAGUGUAUAGAAAGUUACGUUCAAAAAUUCCAUAUACAAAAACCCAUCUACUGUUAAUAACUAUUAAAAACUCGUGACUUAAUAACUAGUAAAAAACUAAUUCAUGAAGAAAACACAAAAUAAAUCAUGGGCGUGAAGGAGUCUGUAUAUGUGAUAUAGAUUCAUGUUGAUUUACGUCAAACAUUAACUUUGAUUUUCUCGGCUUAGACAACGUUUAUUUUUAAAAUUACUUCGCCAAUGAACUCAUAAGUCGUUUGUAUAUCCGAUACAACACGGCCGCUCAUGUUGUAAAUAGUACUUACAGUUUUUGUGUGUGUUGGUGUUAUCAUGUGGUGUUAUGUAUUAUCACAAACAGUGUAAUCUAAUCAAUUUUAGGUCUCUUUCCUGGCCAUUACUUUCCAAGAUUUAUACAGAAGGUAUAUUUGCACUGCCACUGGAAUCAUGGUUAUUGGUUACACAUUAAAUGUAACAAUUUGUAACAACUAGUAUACAACGCUUUUUAGACAAAAUCUAAUUAUUUUUCUAUAGUUACUUUUGUACCCAUGGAUUGGCUCUCUGGCUUCGCGUCUUGGCAACCGUUACAUUUUUGCUAAAAGGUCAGCGAUUGGAGGAAUUUUGGCAGACAACCCCAUGGCCUCCUUCCCGCAAAAAAUAUUGUUUGGUAAUUCCUGUUUCCCGACCGGCUCUAUCUCAUGACACACGACCCUAUUUUUUAAAACCAUUUUGGCGGAAAAAAUUCGAAAAUCAUUUCCAGAUUCUAGUAUUCAUCAAAAUUCGCGUGUGUUUUGCUACACAGAACAAGACAGACCCCUCUUUUUGCACCAAAUUUUAUAAUAUACUGAACGAGAACUUCUAUUUCAAUAAAAUUUUUUUUAAAAAACCCGAAAUCCGACCCUACUUUUUGAAGCGUGAAACCGAAUCCAAUUAUAGACAUAAAACUUGUUUCGUAAGCAGCUUUAGCUUUUAUUUCAACUAGCUUGUUUUCUAUUUGUUUCCAUGUUUAGUUUCUCUGAGGUGUUUGGACCUGAAACACAGCCAACUCCAGAAGAGUUGAACGAUCAUUUUGUUGGAAUAAGAUACAAGGAUGGCAAUAUUUUACAUCCAAAGUAAGUUCUCAGCACAGAACUCAGAGGAGUUGGCAAUAGUUCUUACCUAGGAUGACAUCUCGUAUGUCAAGUUUUUCAAACAAAAAAAAAACAACUCUUGGUAAAUCAUAUGAAAUGGCAUUUUCUUUUCCUCAGCAUUUUAGGUUAUAUAAAGGAGAGACAAGUAUACCGGGACAGGUGGGUUGGCAGCCUUCAGAAAACUGUCAUUCCAGGUAACUGCAGUCAUACUAUACUCUAUGGUUUCGGAUUUUUUCAGACGAUCUCAAAAUGAUUUAUUUAUCAUGACGAUUUAUUUUUUAUUUUUCAGCGCAUUUUAUCUACGGUCCAGCUGAUCCCGUUAAUCCUCCAAUAUUUGUGGAAAGAUUCAAGUACGUCCAAGUUAACUCAAUUAUAUAAUUUAAAUGCUGGGUUACUUUUCUCCCAUUCUAUGCUUACAUAAUUUUUCUUACAUUAUCAACUGACUCGUACCCAGUCCCUGAGAAUUGAAAACAUAAUGGUGCAUGAUGGGAAUGAACAAAACAUGCACCACACUACUCAGAUAUCUGUAUAUGUACUUAUUGAUGACUGUGUAAGAGUCUUAUCAAAAACAGUGGUAACUAGCCACGCGAUUUCGCUGAAAAUGUCAAUUGGAUGGCAACAGAUAGAUGAUUAAGCCUAUUUUGGACAACAGUUUUUGGCCUAGAGCCUGGCUGCUUAGCCUGUUUUCUUAUUUUUCUUCUCAUUUUAUCUAGGGAGUUAAUACCCCAACAUGGUAUAACCGUUCUAGAGAACAAUAUUGGUCAUUACCCUCAGCUGGAAGAUCCAAUCCAAUUCAUGUUAGCUUACACCAAGUUUCUGUACUCGUUUUAAGUGGGCAUAAAAUAGACCGAUUUGGUGGUCAUUUAAAAAAUGCAAAAUCUACAUCGAUCUAGUCAGCACGCCUUAGGUGGUAUGAAAAUUACCAUUAAAGAAUCACAAUGAAAAACUUUUGAUAUGGAAACUACCAUUGAAGAAUCACAAUGAAAAACUACAGGCACGAUUUCUACUAGAGACAUGUCGACCGCGUCUGAACGGCGCUGGUUGAUUGAAAGCAGAUAAGCGCUUAACCCUGGGUUAACCUAAAAUUCAAAGCAAACUUCCCGACAAGUUGUUUAUAAAUUUGGAAAUAUUUCUUUAGAAAUCUUGUCUGGAUCAAUAGGAGUUUUCUUCGCUGAAGUUUUGAAAUAAACAGACCCGCAGAAAUACAUAAACUACAACAGCAGGUUAAAUUUUAACCCAGGUUUAGCCUAUCUAGCUUUGAACAACCAGGCCCUGGUGUUAAUUUGUCUGUGCAUAAACAUGACAAACAGACGCCUGUCUGUUUGCGUAGUUCUAGAACUUAGAAAUAGAAAAGGGACAUUUUUGAAAAUGAACUAUUUAAUAUGAAUCAAUACGUUUAAGGUGAAAAUAUAUUACAUAAUAAUUUUAUCAUAAUAUAUUCUUUAUCUGUUAAUCAUUUGUUUUCUACAAUAUCCUAGUAUAUACUUUGAAAUAUUCUUCAUAAAAAAUUUGAAGAGCUAAGUCAGCUAACUGAAUUUAAAACACGUCCGAUAAUCGCCUAACUAGAACAAGUACUUGUCUAUUGUUAAUCCAUUGCAAGUUAAUGUUUUGGCAAUGGAAAUUCCGGGAAAAGCACAUGUGAAAAUUGAAACCACACAACGGACUUACUUUUCCAUCAUAAUGGCUUCGCAGUCCUUAAAAUAUUCCUGGAUUCCAGUUCUCUUGACAAAAUUUCUACUUUCUGAAAUCUUCGUGACUUUCCAUGAAUUCUUCAUAACUCUCUCUCUAUUCCCCUCUAUCUUCGGUCAGUAAUCAGCUCCCAAGCGUGAUUCUUGAAAACUUUCUUUAGUCUGCAUAAUCUUGUGUCAGCAACAGGCAGCUUCACGCUUCUCUUUAUCCUUCAAUAUGUUUCGUUUAAGUCUGAUCAACACGGCCACGGAGCUUGGUGUGUUGAUCUUGUAGCCGAAUAACGAUGUCGUCGUUCCACUACACAUAUAAGAAAGAGUCGUGAGUUUCGCAUUCAAUGAUUAAAGUCGGUGAAAAUGAAUGAACUGAAAUUCUUUACUUGAGGUACACAAGUAAAAAUCUCACAACUUGUCGACGAUGUGUUCGACAGGCUUGUAGCAAGCUUGUCAACAAGUUGUAACAAUGCUGUUAUUUUAUCAAGUUGCUACAAGGUUGUCACUCACAAACUGUUGAAUUGCAGGACGAUAACAAGUUGUUGGAACAACUUGUAACAAGUAUGUGGAGCUCAACAACCUUGUAGCAAGU